CAUCUAUAUGUAAAUCUCAUUGGGGUUCUUAACAAGCAAAACCUGCCAUAUGCGCACAGCAAACGCUGUGCAAUUCCAGUGCAACAGCUGCAACAUGCUAGCGACAAACUCGCGGCCAAAGCCUACUACUGUCCUAGCGCCUAGGGCUGGCGAUCUAGGCGUUGCGGCGUCCAUUCCCUUGCGGCUGUCUAGAGCGUCCUGCCCGGCCUUCAACGCCCCCAAUGCCCAGCGUCCUAGAGGCGCACGUCUCAACCACUGCACAGCCUCUGCCUCCUUACCGCCCGGCGCUAUAACAACAGUUGUGGUGUCAGCUUCCACAGCUCCACCGCCUGCCUCACCCCUUCUGUACCAGUAUUACCAACUUGAAGUACCUCAGACACCGCCAGGCAUCAGCUUGGUUGACUUCACUCCACAGGUCCGACAGCUAGUUGAGCAGGUCGGACUGCAAGAGGGUUGCGUGCAUCUACUCUCGCGCCACACCACUACUGCCUUGACCAUCAAUGAAAACGAGGCGCGGCUGAUGGACGAUGUACGGCAGUUCUUGUCCCGUCUCGCACCGGCAGCCGAUCCUUACCUCCACAACGACUUGCACCUCCGGCCAGCUCCGUCCGACUGGCCUGGCGGCUGGGAGGCGUGGGCCGCGCAGGAGCCGCGCAAUGCCCAUAGCCACCUGCUGAGCAUGCUACUCGGCAACACACUGACAGUGCCAGUAACGCGAGGAAAGCUGGCUCUCGGCACGUGGCAGUCGUUGAUGCUUGUGGAGCUGGAUGGGCCACGGCCGAGGACAAUCGGAGUGCAGCUGACAGGUCAUUCCAUACAGAUCGAGCGCAAUGCAAUAUAGCCCUUCAGGGGGCCGAUCGGAGGGCCUCCUGCACGGGCAUCAGCAUUGAAAGUAUAUGCGUAAAACGCGGCUCAGAAAUCCAAAUAUGCAUACAUACACACACAUGUCCCCGUAUAUGGUGCGCAUACAUGUGGUGUAAGGGGCUAGUGGUUUCCAAGUAACUUGUUUCGUUGUUUGGACAUCCAGUCUUCUACUUCAAGUGGAUAGAUGCUGUCAGUGCAUCCGGAUAAGAACUGUUUCUGGGAUGCAGCGCAACACUGAUUGCAGCCUGCGAGAGGGGCCGUCCAAUAUAUAAGGUCGCUAUCUACGGACGGGAGUGGCUGGGUGCCGUGCCAGCCGUGUGUGGUUGUAUACCGGACUGAAUGGCCGAAAUCCUCUUUGGUGCUGGUUGCUGUCAUGGGCGGGGCAUCAGAACAAUGCGCAGCCUUCACAUUGCACUCCGACAUGCACUCUGUACAUGCAUGCAUACAAGCCUGUCGCGGACGUAACCGUAAAGGCUAGUGUGUUAAUGCCUGGUGUGCAUGCAAUGCGGUGUUAGAUUGAUGCACUGCACCUCUGUCUUUCUGUAUAUCGAGGUGUACCUUUGGUCCGUCAACAUGAUCCUGCGGCAUGACGACAUGUUCCUUUGUUGUGCCUACACCGUAUUUGCGGUAUGUUGACAUGUCAUGUUCCUGCAGGGUGUCGACAUGUCCCCGUGUUGCAUAGGCGCGCCCCAUCCCCUGUAGCCCUGUUUCAUGGUGCAAGCUGCC